GUUGCAAGGUGUGUGAAUGUGUAUCUGAAUUGAGUCUGGGCAGUACCGGCAAGAGAAAGGCUCGGAUGUCAUGUGAAGCCCCAGCAGCCCUUCUCACACUUCUUUCUCUUCCUUCUUUCUAUAUAGUAUAUUUCUGACACACUGGCAGACACUGAGGGUGGCCUCAGCCUUCAUCUGCUGCAUCAUCAUAUCCAGAGUGAUGAAAGUCCCGGUGCGGCCCACACCUGCACUGCAGUGUACCAGCAGUGGCUG